UAUCUUGUACUUGCAAGUAAAUGUAACAUUAAAAAAAAAAAUAAUGAAAAAAUAAGUCAUUUAGGCUAUUUGAUAAUAACAUGCUAAAUGAACAUGUUUUGCUUUUUAAUUCUCCUUCACUCAGUCUUUGUAUAAUGUAUAUUUUUAGAUGAGCUGAUCGCCAACCAGGAGAUCAGAAUGAUCGCAUCUGCUCCUGCCACUUUAAGGAUGGUAAGAAGGAGGGGGACCCUGCAUAUUUUGCAUGGAAUGAAGGAAAGGCCAUGGAUUUCUCUGAUCCUGAAUCUACAAAAAGGAGGAAAAAACUCAAAAGUGAGGAGUCCCUGUCAUCUUCACAGAUGGACCAGUUGCAGAUUCCACAAGCACCAAAAUGUCAAUAUCAAGAAAAAUUGAUAUCAGAGCACAACUACUCAGCAUCCUGCACAUUUAACUGUACUCAAGAAAUGCAGCGCCUCUCAACAGAAAUACAACUGGAAAAGGAAUUGCUUGCCCUAAAAAUAGAGUCUAGUAAAAGGAAGCCAAUAUCAAUCCACGAUAUUUUAAAAAUACAACGAAGAGAAGUUUAG